GAUGGAGAGAGAGGGGGGCACCAGUAGAGAGAGAGAGAUCAAAGCAGAGGAAGAGGAGGAUGAGAGAUAGCAGCGCUGCAGAGAGCGAGCUCUGCGACGAGUGUUUACUCCACUUUCCCUGAGAGCCGGUUAUGUUCCCUCUGCGUGACUCAUGGAAGUGAUUUAGGCCGACUCUUUUAGUCAUUAAGGAUCAAUGCCAGUCCUCCGAGUGAAGAGAAUAAACGCCGACAACAACCCGACUACUUCAGCAGGCAGAGAUCUUGAGGCUCAUGUGGAAGUCCGUGGAGAAGAUGAGGUGCUUCAGGAAACGCUCCAUGUUCCCCUUCCUCGGCUUCCUCAUCACCUUCCUCCUCUUCUUCAACCUCUACAUGGACGAUGGAUACGUGCUGGAGGCAGAGAAGAGACAGCUGGGAGAGACGCUGAUGCAUCCUGGGAACUCAGAGAGAUACGUGCACACCUUCAGGGAUCUGUCCAACUUCUCCGGGACCAUCAACGUGACGUAUCGCUACCUCGCAGGAAUCCCUCUGCCUCGCAAAAAGUAUCUCACCAUCGGUUUGUCGUCUGUAAAGAGGAAAAAGGGAAACUACCUCCUGGAGACGAUCAAAUCCAUCUUCGAUCAGUCCAGCUACGAGGAGCUGAAAGAGAUCGUGGUGGUGGUCCACCUGGCAGACUUUGACCUGGCCUGGUGUGAGAACCUGGUGCAGGAGAUCACCAGGAAGUUUGCUCACCACAUCAUAGCGGGACGCCUGCUGGUGAUCCAGGCCCCGGAGGAGUACUACCCCUCUCUGGACGGGCUGAAGAGGAACUACAACGACCCGGAGGACCGCGUCCGGUUCCGCUCCAAGCAGAACGUGGACUACGCUUUCCUCCUCAACUUCUGCACCAACCUGUCUCACUUCUACAUGAUGCUGGAGGACGACGUGCGCUGCUCCAGGAACUUCCUGACGGGGCUGAAGAAGGUGAUCACCUCCAGAGAAGGGUCCUACUGGGUGAUGCUGGAGUUCUCCAAGCUGGGCUACAUCGGGAAGCUGUACCACUCCAGAGACCUGCCCCGCCUGGCUCACUUCCUGCUCAUGUUCUACCAGGAGAUGCCCUGCGACUGGCUGCUCAUCCACUUCAGGGGUCUGCUGGCCCAGAAGGACGUGAUCCGCUUCAAGCCCUCGCUGUUCCAGCACAUGGGCUACUACUCCUCCUACAAAGGAGCGGAGAACAAGCUGAAGGACGACGACUUCGAGGAAGACUCCAUAGACAUUCCUGACAACCCUCCUGCCAGCCUUUACACAAACAUCAACGUCUUUGAAAACUACGACGCCACCAAGGCUUACAGCACUGUGGACGAGUACUUCUGGGGGAAGCCACCGUGCACGGGGGAUUUCUUUCUUAUAAUCUUUAACAAAUCGACUAAAAUCAGCAGGAUUAAGAUAGUGACGGGCACCGAGGACAGACAGCAGGACGUCCUUCACCACGGAGCGCUGGAGGUGGGACAGAAGUCUGUGGACACUAAGCAGGGCCGGCAGUGCACGUCCUACAUCACGUUGGGUGAGUUUAAAGGCGGCAGCAUCGAGGUCACCAACGUGGAUCAUAAGAUCGGCUUCGACAUCGAGUGUGUGCGGCUCGUUGUCACCGCCAGUCAGAAAGAGUGGCUCAUCAUCAGGACUAUCAGCUUAUGGACCACGCAGCCUGUGAGCCAGUUCAUCAAUUAACAGAGGGAUGUUAUAAUCUGUAAUGUACAGGAUCGAUUUGGGAGUUCAUUUUGGACUACUUCUGGGAAAUUACGUUUAUGGGAUUCAAAGCAAUCCAUAUUUUCUUGGGUUGUUCAGAGAUCUGCUGUAUAGCUGCGUUUCCACCACCUGGUACGACUCGCCUUACCUCACAGUUACGUAUCUUCCUCAGCAGAAACAAAACACUUUCUGAAUCAUUUAAACAAAAGGGGCGGGAAAUCUCUAAGCAGUUGACCAAUCACAAUAGAGCCGACCAGCUAACCAAUCAGAGCAGACUGGGCUCUGGUUUCAGACAGAGGGUGAAAAGAGGUGCUGCAGCACAGGCAGUAUGAGAGAAAUAAAGAGCUUUUUCAACAUUAAAGCAUGGAGACAUGUAGAGACACUACAUACUGAUAUACACCUGAACAUCA